AUGACUAUUUCAGAUCAAGAUGAGACAGAGCAAUUUGGUGAGUGCUUAUUGAAAGUUUAUGAUGGUCUAAUAUGUGACAAUAUGGAUGGUGAAUCUGAGAUAUGUCUUCCAGGAGAUAUUGUUAUUCCUUCUUCGGAUCAGGCAUUUGAUAAUUGUCUUUGUAAUGGUACAAGACUACAAGUUAGGAAACUUGGAAAUCAUGUCAUAGAAUGUGAAAUUUUAACGGGUAACAAUGUUGGUCAUAUUACUUUGAUUCCAAGAAUGAAUAUGGUACCAACAAAUGAAACCGUCCCAGUUAGAUUCCAACGAAGACAGUUUCUCAUAAUAGUAUCAUUUGCCAUGACAAUUAAUAAGUCUCCAGGACAAACUUUAUCUCAUAUUGGAUUGUACUUGUCCAAACCAGUUUUUACACAUGGCCAACUAUAUGUGGCACUUUCAAGAGUUAAGUAA